CCCCCCUUUUAAGACCUAAGACCGGGUCAAAAUCGGGGAUAUACUUUGGUACUUCCAAUUUAUUAUUAAGGCGAAUUUCAUUAUCGCAGCUCUAACCCAAUUCUUGGGGAGCUCUCAGGUGUAAAUCGCUAAACGCUACCAAAGUUGCUAUAUGAUCAGCAACAUAUCAGCAACGUCACACCAAACCCUUUCUCCGAUGCUCAUACGGUGACGCUGCUCUUGAGCUUGCCUACUCCUGGCUAGCUGGGCAGGCUUCCGGCGACGAUGCGGGAAUUCAUGGAUUACAUCCAGACGGUCUUCUAUGCUGCCACCGGUUGGAACCGUGAUAAUAGCUACUCGUCGCUCAAUGCCACAUCUGAUGCCCUUCUGAAUUUUCCGACCCCUCGCGGCCUUCGCCUUACACUAUCCUCCCUCGCAACUUCGCAAUUCGCAACUUCGUACCAGCUCGGCACCCUGGGUGUUGUUGACGGCUCUUUAUCGUACUUAUACUCAACGGUACCCCUCAACAAUGCCAUCGCCCAGAGUGCGAAGAUCCCCCUGCCGGAUCUCUUGAGGAGUUACCGCCCACUUGCCGAAUUGCCUCGCCGAUCUGAGGAAGGGGGAGCGCAGUCAGAGGGAGGCUUAGUCAAAGGUGGACUUGCGUAUGGGAGACUUUAUCUCCCCGCAUCCAUGUUGGAGGCAUUGGUAGUUAGGAGGGUCUCACCUACGCUACAGUUUCAACUAAGUGCUGUAUCAGAUCAGAAAUUACGGAAUGGAGGUACUAUGUUAGGUAUGGUGCAGUAUGAUGAAGGUCGUUAUGCGGUUGAAGGUCUCGCAUCGACGGAUGGUGGUUUGCUGGGAGUUCGCGGAUUAUACAAUUUUGGCGGUGAUGUGGCCCACCUAGAUACGCAAACGCAGCCUGCGACUACUAAUGGGAAUGGAACGGGUAAUGGCGAAAGGGAGCGCAUUUUUGGUCGUUUCAGCACUGGCGCUGAGCUUUAUUACGGAACGCUGAACAAGUCUGGAGGGAUGAGUGUUGGGACGCGCUUUGCAACGUUGCCUACGCACAAAGGUACUCCGCUCACUGCGACGAUGACGGUCAAUCCUUUGAUGGGGACUAUUAGUUGGACCUAUGCAGUCAUGGCCGGGAGCAAUUGUUCGCUUGCGUCGAAAAUGGAUUUCAAUGUCUAUAGUUACGAAAGCGACUGGUCCGUGGGUAUGGAGCUUUGGAGAAAGAGAUCAACUUGGUCUAUCAACCAAGAACUAGAAGACGUAUCGACUUUGACGGACACCACGCCCGAGAUGAAUUUCCAAGAGAAAAUUGAGUGGAAUUUAGACGACCCCCCCUUACCCCUGGACACAGCCGAGAUUUUACCACCAUCUCUUCCUCCUCCUCCUCCAUCUCCUCCACUACCCGAACUAGUCCCUCAGCUGAAGAAAGAAAGAAGUUUUCAAGCUAAGAUGGAGUGGAGGCUAGACGAUCCAGAUGUGGCUUCGACAGCACCGGUCACCAAUGAGGAUGAGGAUGAGGAUGAUCAGUAUUCGGGCGUUCUGAAGGCGCGCCUGGACCAACAUUUACGGCUUGGUCUUUUGUGGGAGGGUCGAGUCAAGUCUUUACUUUUUAGUCUUGGCAGUAAUAUUGACCUGCGGCGACUUGACUCGCCCUUCCGCACUCUUGGACUCGAGGUACAGUUCUCGUCAUGAAGAUGCCAAUAAGAUAAAUCCCGACUAUUUGAAAUUCAUUUUGAAACGGAUAAUCAGCGCAUAUGUAUUGCAGUUCAACUCGACCGCGCCAUAUCAUUGCUUGCUGAUAGAUUGGUGGCACGGUCGCAGUCGCGCCCCCAAUAAUACGCCUAUCCAAUCCUAGGGGCUGGUAUAUAGCUGACUUCCUUACCGAGGCAUUCUUCCUCGGUAACAAACGAUCCUGCAGUCGCACCAUUAGC